UGGGCGGUGAGCCCACUGUUUAGGCAACCACACUUGGUGUGGAAUCAACUUCAAGAACGGCCCGACAGUGAAGGCUGUCGUUGCACAGUAAUGACUUGGUUUCCUGCAGCCAAGGCUCUUCUAUAAUUCAAUCAAUUCGUGGUCAAUCGGGGAGGCUAUUUGAGUCAUCCAUCGAAACCCACGCCAAUCCAUCCGACACCUCCAUCUCGGAUAAAACCACCCACGCGGUCGAACGCCCAACCGCCAACCCGAGUAAUUGGGUGUGGCAUCUAUGACGGCGGAAUUCAGCAGGAUGUGGCCUGACGGGCUGGAAGGCGCCCUAGGGCAAUUGCGGGUUGCAAACCUGACGACGGCGCAGUGCAUCGGCAUCACCACCGUCGUCCUCCUUGUAUCACUCCUGUACAGAUACGCGUCACCUCAAAUCGAUCCUCGGGAGCCUCCAGCUGUAAAGCCAGGCAUUCCGCUCGUGGGUCAUAUUGUGGGGCUGGUGCGACAUGGUGUGGAUUACUUCGAAGCGCUUCGGAAAUCCCAACGGAACCCGGUGGCCGCGGCGACCUUACCCAUGCUAAAUGGGAAAGUCUACGUGUUGUGGGAUACACCCAUGAUCCACUCCGCCAUCCGCCACAAGAACCUGACCUUUGACGUGCUCGGCAUGGAGUUUGCCCAGCGCGUUUUCGGUCUGACCGACGUAGCGAUGGCGAAGCUUUGGGGGCCAGACCACGAUAUCGAAACGUCGGCUGCCGGAGUCAUGAUGCAGCGCAUCAAGGCCGCCAUGCAGGGCCAGUACUUGCACCGCAUGAACGUCACAGCCCUCGACUAUAUCGCCGACCAGUUGAACGACAUGGAUUCAGCCGGGUUGAAGAUCGAAAAUCUAUAUCAGUGGCUACUGUAUUUCAUGACUACUGCUACUUCCGAAGGUCUUUACGGCAAAGACAACCCCAUCCGUCAGGACCCUUCGUUGGUCGAUGCGCUAUGGGAAUUCGAGGGCAAUAUGCAGCCGCUUUUCCUCGGUAUCAUGCCAAAGCUCAUCGCCCGCAAAGCAUACGUGAACCGUGAGAAGGUCAUAUCCGCUUUAAUCCCCUGGUAUAUGAGCAGGAAGGACCAGGCUCCCGACACUGCUGAGGUUCUCAAAGUCCGAGCCAACACAGCCCGGGAGUUUGGUUUCCCGGAAGAGGAGAUUGGAAGGUUGGAGAUGGCGCUUCUAUUCGUCGCCACCACCAACACAAUUCCCACGUUGUACUGGUUCGUCACCAACGUAUGGCUACGACCGGACUUGGUCGAGGAGAUCCGCCGCGAAACACUGCCACUGGUAAAGCUGAGCAGCCGCGAGGGCGAGCAGCGCCGUUUGGCUACAUUGGAUAUCUCACAGCUGGAGGGUUCCGCGCCGUUGCUGGUCAGUUGCUACCGCGAAUCGAUCCGACUUGGUAACCAAUCUAUCGGUACCCGGCGCGUCGUUCACGAUACCAUGCUCACCGACUCGGCGGGGAAUCAACACCUGUUCAAAGCCGGUGUGGACGUGAUGUGGUCCGUCAAGGCCAUGCACCACUCUGGGGAUGUUUGGGGUCAAGAUCCGUUGGAGUUCGAUCCCAAGCGGUUCAAAGAGCAGGAUAAGUUUGAUCGUGCGAAGAAGCAAUCGUACCUCCCCUUCGGAGGCGGUAAGCAUCUGUGCCCAGGCCGCAACUUUGCCUUUGCCGAAAACCUCGGCUUCGUCGCCGCCUUGGUGGUAGGGUUCGCGCUGCAAGGCCUAGACGAGGAGAACGUCAGGUUGGGGAUUGCCACCAUAGGGGAAGCUGUUGCCAAACCUCCGACUGAUGCCCGAGGAGGCGCAGUGGUGAUCAAACGGAGGCAAGGGUGGGAAGAUGUCGACUGGAAGUUUACUUGUUGAUUGGAGACUGCAAGCGGCGGCGGCUGCUGUGGGAACUAACUUGACAUAUGGGACUGUGUCUUCGGAGAUAACUUGAUGUUUGUAAGAUCAUAAUCAACGAUUCCCAUAAACUGGAGACUGGAAUCAAGAACUCGAAGAGAGAGAAAAUAUGUUUGAUUGAACCAUGGAUGGUCCCAGCCAGACGACCGACCCGCCCAUUC